CGCGCGAGCCCGAGGCCGCUUCCCCGGCACCCGCGGCCAGGAGUCCCGCUGCGGCGACUGCGCGGCCCUAGGCGCGCCGGGGUUGCCUUCGGGUCGGAGCGGAGACCGCAGUCGGAGCGGCGCGGUGGCCUCCUCCGCGAGUGACGCCUGCGACGCUUCUCAGCCAGGCUUCUCAUCGACUCCCAUCCGAGAGCCUCCUCCGCGAGCCCCGGCGACGGCCGCACCGGCAGCGCGGCGGGAUGAGCGGCAGCGGCGCGGCGCCGGGCCCGGGCUCGGGGUCCUCCCCAGCCGCCUGUCGCUUCGCGCACUACUUCGUGCUGUGCGGGAUCGAUGCGGACAGCGGACUGGAGCCCGACGAGCUGGCGGUUUUGUACCAAUGGCUAGAAGCAGAUCGUCAUGGCAAGAGCCAAGAGACUGCAGGUACGACUUCAGGUGAGAAUUUUGACCAGAGUCCUUUGAGAAGAACCUUCAAAUCCAAAGUUCUGGCCCAUUAUCCUCAGAACAUAGAAUGGAACCCUUUUGAUCAAGAUGCAGUCAACAUGCUGUGCAUGCCUAAAGGGCUGUCUUUCAGAACACAAGCUGACAAUAAAGAUCCUCAGUUCCACUCGUUUAUAAUUACCCGGGAAGAUGGUUCUCGCACCUAUGGUUUUGUUCUCACUUUUUAUGAAGAGGUUACAAGUAAGCAAAUCUGUACAGCAAUGCAGACACUGUACCAGAUGCAUAAUGCAGAGCAAUACAGCAGUGUGUAUGCUUCAUCCUCCUGCAGUAUGGACUCACUGGCAAGUAGUAUUGAUGAGGGAGAUGCAACUUCUCUUUUAAAACUCCAGCGAUACAACUCUUACGAUAUCAACAGAGACACCUUGUAUGUAUCAAAAAGUAUAUGCUUGAUCACACCUCUCCCUUUCAUGCAAGCCUGCAAGAAAUUCCUCCUCCAGCUUUACAAGGCAGUUACCUCACAGCAGCCACCACCCUUGCCGCUUGAGAGCUACAUCCAUAACAUUCUCUAUGAGGUGCCCCUUCCACCUCCUGGGAGGUCACUGAAAUUCUACGGUGUUUAUGAACCUGUCGUCUGCCAGAGGCCUGGGCCCGGUGAGCUCCCGCUCUCUGACUACCCUCUCCGAGAGGCCUUUGAGCUCCUGGGAUUGGAGAACCUAGUUCAAGUGUUUACCUGUGUUCUGUUAGAGAUGCAGAUCCUUCUCUACUCACAAGAUUAUCAGCGUCUGAUGACUGUGGCAGAAGGCAUUACCACACUCUUGUUCCCAUUUCAGUGGCAGCAUGUUUAUGUACCCAUCCUCCCUGCCUCUCUGCUACAUUUUCUUGAUGCCCCUGUCCCUUAUUUGAUGGGUCUUCAAUCAAAAGAAGGAACUGACCGGUCUAAAUUAGAACUUCCACAAGAGGCCAAUCUGUGCUUUGUGGAUAUUGACAACCAUUUUAUUGAAUUGCCUGAAGAAUUCCCACAGUUCCCCAAUAAAGUGGAUCUUAUCCAAGAGCUGUCUGAAGUUCUUCUCCAGUUUGGGAUUCCUCCUGAGGGGAGCCUACAUUGUAGUGAGAGUGCCACCAAACUGAAGAAUAUGGUUCUGAAAGAUUUGGUUAAUGACAAAAAGAACGGCAAUGUCCCCACCAAUAACAUUAGCAUGUAUGAGUUAAUGAAGGGCAACGAAACCAUAGCCCGCCUCCAGGCUCUUGCUGAUAGGACUGGUGUGACAGUGGAAAAAAUGGACCUCACGGCUUCUUUGAGUGAAAAAGAAAAGGAUUUAAAAUUACAGUGUGAAGAGGCAGAAUUGAGGGACUACCAGCUCAACGUACAACUGCGAGAGGUCUUUGCCAGCCGCUUUAUACAGAUGUUUGCAGAUUAUGAAGCAUUUGUAAUUCAGACUGCCCAGGACAUGGAGUCCUGGCUGACCAACCGGGAACAGAUGCAGAACUUUGACAAAGCUUCUUUCCUCUCCGACCAGCCUGAGCCUUACCUGCCAUUUCUUUCACGCUUCAUUGAAACACAGAUGUUUGCCACCUUUAUUGAUAACAAAAUCAUGUCUCAAUGGGAAGAGAAAGACCCUCUGCUUCGGGUCUUUGAUUCUCGGAUUGAAAAGAUAAGAUUGUAUAAUGUAAGGGCACCUACACCCACCCUGCGGACAUCUAUAUAUCAGAAAUGCAGCAGUUUAAAAGAAGCAGCCCAGUCAAUUGAACAAAGACUGAUGAAAAUGGAUCAUACUGCAAUUCACCCACAUCUACUUGAUAUGAAAAUCGGCCAAGGCAAAUAUGAGCAAGGGUUCUUUCCAAAGUUACAGUCCGAUGUCUUGGCAUCAGGACCAGCCAAUAACAAUCGCUGGGUGAGUCGAAGUGCCACGGCACAGCGCCGGAAAGAACGGCUCCGCCAGCAUUCUGAACACAUGGGACUGGACAACGACUUACGGGAGAAAUAUAUGCAAGAAGCACGAAGUUUAGGAAAAAACAUGAGGCAACCAAAACUGUCAGAUCUCUCACCUGCUGUGAUUGCACAAACCAACUGGAAAUUUGUAGAAGGCUUACUAAAAGAAUGCAGAAUGAAGACAAAACGCAUGCUGGUAGAAAAGAUGGGACAUGAAGCAGUGGAACUGGGCCACGGAGAAGCAAACAUCACUGGCUUGGAAGAGAAUACUUUGAUUGCUAGCCUCUGUGACCUGCUGGAGAGGAUAUGGAGCCAUGGCUUACAGGUCAAGCAGGGGAAGUCUGCCUUGUGGUCACAUCUAAUUCAGUUUCAGGAUAGAGAAGAGAAGCAAGAGCAUCUCACAGAUUCACCAGUUGCCCUUGGACCAGAAAGAAGAAAAUCUGACUCAGGAGUUAUGUUACCAACACUCAGGGUCUCUCUUAUUCAAGACAUGAGGCAUGUUCAAAACAUGAGUGAGAUCAAGACUGAUGUUGGCCGAGCCCGGGCAUGGAUAAGAUUGUCUCUAGAAAAGAAGCUUUUGUCUCAGCAUCUCAAGCAGUUGCUCUCUAACCAACCACUGACCAAGAAGCUUUAUAAGCGUUAUGCUUUUCUACGUUGUGAAGAAGAAAGAGAGCAGUUUCUCUACCAUCUGCUGUCCCUCAAUGCUGUGGACUAUUUCUGCUUUACCAGUGUGUUCACCACUAUCAUGAUUCCUUAUAGAUCAGUGAUCAUUCCAAUUAAAAAGCUGAGCAAUGCGAUCAUUACAUCAAACCCGUGGAUCUGUGUCUCAGGAGAGCUAGGAGACACAGGAGUAAUGCAGAUUCCAAAAAACCUGCUUGAGAUGACUUUUGAGUGCCAGAACCUGGGAAAGCUCACUACUGUUCAGAUUGGCCACGAUAACUCUGGACUGUUAGCUAAAUGGCUAGUGGAUUGUGUCAUGGUGAGAAAUGAAAUCACAGGACAUACAUAUAGAUUCCCAUGUGGGCGGUGGCUGGGGAAAGGCAUCGAUGAUGGAAGCCUGGAGAGAAUUCUUAUUGGAGAAUUGAUGACAUCAGCUUCAGAUGAAGACCUGGGAAAGCAGUGUCGGACUCCCCCACAGCAGAAGUCUCCCACGACAACCAGGAGACUGAGUAUUACUUCACUCACAGGAAAGACUGCCAAACCCAAUGCUGGACAGAUCCAGGAAGGAAUUGGAGAAGCUGUGAACAAUAUUGUGAAACACUUUCACAAACCUGAGAAGGAGAGAGGAAGCCUCACAGUGCUGCUCUGCGGAGAAAACGGCCUGGUUGCUGCACUGGAACAAGUUUUCCAUCAUGGGUUCAAAUCUGCCCGCAUCUUUCACAAGAAUGUCUUCAUCUGGGACUUCGUAGAGAAAGCAGUGGCUUACUUUGAAACCACUGACCAGAUUUUAGACAGUGACGAUGACGUACUCAUUCAGAAAUCACCGUGCAAAGCCUUCUGCCACUACGUGAACGCUAUCAACACCGCACCCAGGAGCAUGGGGAAGGACGGCAAGUUCCAGAUCCUAGUUUGCCUCGGAGCAAGGGAUCACCUGCUCCCACAGUGGAUUCCAUUGCUAGCAGAAUGUCCUGCCAUCACCCGAAUGUAUGAAGAGAGCGCACUUCUUCGAGACCACAUGACUGUCAACUCCCUUAUCCGAAUUCUGCAGACCAUUCAGGAUUUCACCAUAGUCUUGGAAGGGUCUCUAAUCAAAGGAGUAGAUGUAUAAACCAGCUGACAGAAACUCUUCAUCCUACCCCUGGCUCCUGAACCCUCCCCAAUCAUGGGACCUAUUUGGACUGGUCUGACGUUAGUGAGCACUGCCUGGGCAGUACUCUGGAAGCCCAGUUUGAACAAUCUCCACUCUGCACACAAGGCAAAGUGCUGUAUUGUAGUUCAUUUGAACCUGAAAUUUAGUAUAAAACAGAGUAUUUUCAUGUGUUAGAUGUGUGUAAAUAUGCUAUCUUUAAGAAAUUAUAUUACUCUAAUAAGAUACUUUUCUUAGAUUGAAUAUUCCUGUGACUUAAAAUAAGUAGCUUAAACACAUCGGGGGUGGGAGAGUGGUGCUAGUCGGGAAGAGGCCGGCAAAUGUGUAAAUAGGGCAGCCAUGCGUCCUGGAGUUCCAUCCUGUGUGUGUGGUGUAUACAGCUUUACAUACUGUACAGUAGUCCUCAUUAUACCUUUAAGUUUAAACUGUUUAAUUCGUGAAUUAUGAGUCACUUCUUCAGUUUGGGGAAAGUUUUUCAAUUGGUACAAGUAAAAGAUAAAAUAAGUAUUUUAAAUACCAGACCUCAGCAGGGCUUGGUGGCUCCCACCUUUAAUCCCAGCACUGGGGAGGCAGAGGCAAGUGGAUCUUUCUGAGUUGCAGGCCAGACAGAACUACAUAGUGAGACCCUGCCUAAGAACACAAGUACACACGUACACACAGCAAAUACCAGAUCCCAAGAGCUUGGCUAAUUGGAAAUAAAACACAAGAAGCCCUGAGAAGUGUAUUUAAGUGUGGGAUUAUAGCUUCUUUACUUUGCAAAGAUUAGCAUAAAGCAGCUUCAUUCUUGGGAUUGUUAUUACUGUCGUGUGAGAGUACCUUGGAGAUAAUGAAUUUCAGUAUUAGCCAUAUAGUCAUAAUAACUGCAAAAAACAGUUGUUACUCAGUACUUUCAACUUGGCCAUCUAAACUCUGUAACCAGAGUUAGACUACCAGCCCUGUCUUUGUUAGGUUCCAGCCACCCCCUCCGCCUGCCCCAUCCCCCCUCAGGAAAUGGAAGGAAUGUGGAAGAAGGGAGGGGUCUCUGUGUGAUUUCGAAUGCUUUUGUGAAAGUAUUUGUUGACCAUGAUAAUGCAAAUAACAGAAGCAGAGAGAAAGAAUGAAGCCUUUCUGGGUGUUUCAGGGAAAUGUAAAGCAAUUGGCACAGAGAAGGUAAAAGGCUCUGCUGCAGACUGAGAAGUGAAACUGAAGGAAGAGACGACAAUGUAGAAAGACCUGAAGUUAGAACUUUCUAGUUAGAUAGUCUAUUUUUGUAAGCUAACUAAGUAUGUUAGCAAUUACAUAAGUCUUUAUCUUCUGGUAAGUCAGUCGUAGAUCUCUAAUGAGGCACUGAUACCCUGUUAGUAGCAAAAUUGCCCCAGCAGACCUCCAGGUUUAUUCCCCGUUGUAGCUGAAAGCAGAGCGACAGCCUCUGAGGAGCCUUGUGCGAACUAAGGGUCCUGGGCUCUUGCCAAAAGUGUUGUUUUCCUUAUUUACUAGAGGAAGAAACGAAUAGAUCAGGGGCCUCACCCCCUUGAUCAGACACUGUCCAGCCAAGGAGCAGCUCCUGGGAAUGUGAAGAAAAGGGAAGGGAAAGCUUUAGAAAAUGGUUCCAGAUGAUCUGGGCAAACCAGAGAUUGUUUGCCUAAAAUAAAAGUGUGUCUGUAGUAGUGUAAGACUAUUCUAGAGGCAUAAACCUACUGUGGGAAACAUCCAGAAGCUAUAAAUGGUCCAUUCCAGGUUUUUAUUGUUCUCUUUGCCAUAGGGCCAUCGUCCUGACACUGAGCACUGGAUAGAUUUUAAGUUAGUAUGUCACAAAUGAGUCAUCUAGUACAGCUUCUUCAUUUUGUAGGUGGAAACAGAAUCAAAGAGACCUUGACAACACUGGGUUUAGAAAUUAUGCUUUUUACCACACCAGACUGCAUGAAUCCAACCUUCAAGGCAUUGUUACUUAAUAGUAUUUAUUCUUUUGAAUCUUCAUUUACCUGUACAGAUAUGAAGCAGUAUUCUUGUAAUACUUAAUAAGGACUGAUACUUAAGUUAAAUUGUUUUGUUGUUAUUUUGUUUUUGUUUGUAAAACAGGAUCUCACUGUGUAGCCCUGGUUGGCCUCCAUUGGAACUCCGUUUGUAGAGCAGGCUGACCUGGAACUCACAGAGAUCUACCUGCCUCUGCCUCCUAAGUGAGCAGAUUCAAGUGAGUGCCCUGCCCAACAACUGUUCUUAAUCUCUUAGACAUUACUUCUGUUGUAAAAACUGGGAGCAGAGUUGCAUUCCCACUUAUGUUUAAAUUGUUACUUAAAAAGUAAAAAAAAAAAAAGUUACCUAUAAAGUUUUCUUUAAUGUGCUAUCAUUUGGAUGGACUAGUGAAAUGACUGAUUAAAACUACCGUACAUCCUUUCGAAGGCUGGCUUCACCCCUUGGUGUAGCACCUGUUCACACAGCUGGGCUCUUGGGAGCUGUUUGACCGGCCCAUAAGCCAAUUCCUUUUGAAUUUCCCAUUGGUGGUAAAUCUUUGCCUAAAGACCUUAGGAUGUGAUAAAUGAGAAUAUUUAUUCUUCUAGUAAGUUUGGGGUUAACUAUUGCAAAUGAAAAGAAGUAAGAUUUACAUUGUGGCUUCUAACAAACUGAAUCAAUAUGAAAAAUGCUUAUAUAACAACAGAAGCAGAUUCCUCAAAACAAAUGCACAUAACCACCCACGCUGACUUUUGUUAGGACCAUACAACAGGCACCUUUCUUGUUGUGCAUUUUUGUUAAACUAUCACCUCAAAGUAAAUGAAAAUCAAAACUGUUUCCUUUUUGUGUGUGAUUGCCCAAAUCAUUUUAAAGCAAAUACCUGGGACCAUAAUUAAUAUUCCACAUAAGAACUUUAAAAUAACUUGUCUUAAAGUUAAAUUGGCAAGGCUGGAGUGAUGGCUAGGCAGUAAGAGCACUGCUGACUUGCAGAUGACCCAGGUUCAGGUCCCAUCUCCCACAUGGUGACUUGCAAUCAUGUGUUACUACAGUUUCAGGGGAUCCAUGCCUUCUGACCUCUUCAGUCACCCAGUAUGGUGAACAUACAUAUAUGUGAGCAAAAUACUUAUAAAAUAAAACAUUCAUAAAAUAUUUUUUUUUUAAUUUGCCCUGGUUGGGGAUGUAGUUCAGUGAUAGUUAAUGUAGCAUGUACAAAACCUGGGGUUCUAUCCUCAAGCAGGCAAAAAUAAAUUACCAAAAUCUUAACUUCUUCAAAAGCUUAUUCUCCAAGUAUUUUUCUUGAGUACUAAAACCUCUAAUCUCAACCUUUAUGUCACCUUGAUGGUGGCUUUACAAUGGUUUGCAUAUUAUAUGUGAAAAAUUCUCUAUGCUCUAGGAAAUGAUUCUCUGUGUGAGUAGGAAAAGUAGGCUACCAAGGACAAAGUGGAGCCUCCCAGCCUGACCUUGUUUCCCAAUGGGAAUGAAAACUUGAUAGAGGAAACCUAAAAUUUGCAAAGGUUGAAUUUCAUCUAAAAUUCAUUUUAAAAGUUUGUACUUACUGUACCUUUUCUAGUUCUGUAGGGUUUAUUUAACAUGGCAUUUUAAGAAAUGAUUUUAAAGAACUAUAACACUAUGAAAAAUACUAAGUUGCUUCUACUUCUUUUUCUGAGAGUAAGCACAUGUGUGUAAAUGUAAUGAAAAAUAGAUUGACUAUACGUAACACCUCAUGUGUAGCAUGUGAUAUCUCUAAAAUGUUUUAAAAUAUGAGGCAGUAGAUAGGGAAAUCCAAAUCCCCAAGAAAAUAUUUGACAGCAUUGGGAAUAGAGCUCUUCAUAACAUGAAAUAUCUUCUAAGAAUAAUGGCUUUUCAAUAGAUUUUUUUAUUGGGUAAUUGUGAGUAUUUUCUGUGAGGUCUACAGAAACUAACCUACCCUUUUCAUGGUGUUGAAAGAGCAUUCUGAACUUUACUUGUAUGUUUCAGUACUAACAUACCUUUAUUGACUGGCAUCAGACUCUCUUCUGCUUUGAUAAAUACUAUUUCCAAGUCUCUGUCUUUUUUGUUUAAUGGUUGGUUUGGUUUGGUUUUUUUUUUGUUGUUGUUUUUUUAAGAAAGAGUCUCUCUACAUAGCCCUGGCUGUUCUGGAACUCACAAUGUUGACCUGGCUGGCCUUGAACUCACAGACAUACACCUGCCUCUGCCUCCCAAGGGCUAGGAUCAAAGGCGUGCACCACCACACCUGGCAAGCAUCUGUGUUUUUAGAAAUCGUUGUUCCAUAUGUAACUGUUUAUUGAAUUAUUAAGCAUAACUAGGAGAAAGAUGUCCUUUAUUUCUAUUAAAAUACAUAUACAAAUCUGCUGGAUCAAACUGAAUUUUAAGAUUUUUAGAGAGAUUUGCUUUUACAGUAUGAUGAAAGGAAUCCAAGGAGGGGCUGGAGUGGAACUCAGUGAUCUAUAUGCUUAGUAUACACAAGGCCCUGGGCUUAACACCCUAGCAAAAGAGAACAAUAAAUCCAAGGAUGGUUAUACCUUCCCAAAUCUGUUGUCUCUUUCAAGGAUAAGGUCAAGAUUGACUUCAGAAAGACACAUUGAAGUAUUCAUAUUUGUAUCAGACUGAAAAAAAUUCAUUAAACUUGCCCCUCUUUGAAAGAGUUCUGUCAUAUCCUUAGUUAUUUAGGAAGGAGCCGUGCUUGGUCCAAUUACUUGUAGGUUGGAUCCAAUGUGUAUUUUAAACAAAUUUUAAUGUGGAUAGGAAUUGUAAGGUCAAAUGAGGAUGUAAAACAGAAAAAAAAUCUGCUACACUUGAACCACAUGUACAGGUACCCUGUGGGGUUUUUUGUUUGUUUUUAAUUAUUAUUAUUUCUCUAUUUAAAUUAUAUUGUUUUCCUUUGUAUUAUUAACAAUGUAUGUCAGAACUGGAAUUUUCUCCCCCCUCCCCCACCUGAACAUAAUAUAAAAUCUGAAGAGUAUUGUGAUAUUAAGCACUUUAACAUAUCGAACAAACUGACAUGGAUUUUUCAGGUUUUGGAGUACAUUUAAAUAUGACUUUUCAUGCUUUGUUCUUUACAAAUAAAACUGGGGUUGAUACUUU